GGCGCCGGCCCGCGGCAGCGGCGCGCGCUCCCUGGGCGCGCCGGUGCCCGGGCAGGGCUCCGCGCCGUGCACGCUGCGCGUGCGGGUGCUGUGCGCGCACCGCCUGCCGAACAGGGACACGGGCAUGUUCGGCGACGUGUCGGACCCGUACGUGGUGGUCCGGGUCGGCGCCGAGCACUUCCGCACGCCCUCCAUAGACAACGACCUGGACCCCGUGUGGGACAGGGGCAACGAGUUCUCCUUCACCGUGGACCCCAGCCCGCAGCUCCUCCUGCAGCUGGAGGUGAUGAACGCCAACGUUUUCAGGGACGACCUGCUCGGCAGCACCAGCCUGGCGCUCGGCUCGCUCCCGCCCGGUCAGCCCACCCGGCGGCGCGUCAAGCUCGACGGCUGCCCCGCCGGCGAGCUCGAGUUCGAGGUGCAACUGGGGGGCGCCAGCUACGCCUGGACCGCAGGGCGCGCCACGGCGCAGGGCAGCGGGCCGAAGCUCGAGUACCAGCUCGGCCCCGAGGUCCGGCAGCCGCGGAGCUGGGCGCUGGCCCUCGAGGGCGUCCGCGUGCUCGAGCUCACCCGCCGCACCUGGGCCGCGCCGCUGUGCGGCCGCAUGCUGGCGGCCAGCGGCGCGGACGUCGUCCGCGUGGCCUUCGGCGAGGAGGCAGAGGCCGUCCGCAAGAAGAGCGGCGGGGUGCUGCGGCCGCAGCCCGACGCCCACCGCGCCAGCGCCGACAGGGCCAAGUCCUCCAGCGCCCCGCGGGUGCUGCACGCGGGCAAGCGGCAAGCGCCGCACCAUCCCGGCGACGAGCAGGAGAUGGCCCACCUGCGGGCCGAGCUCCUGCCCGGGUGCGACCUGCUGCUGACCGACCUGCCCGCGGACGAGCUGGACCAGAUGCAGCUGGGCUUCCGGCCCCUGCGCGAGCAGUUCCCGGGCAUGAUCUACGCGCACGUGUCCAGCAUCGGGAUACUGGCGGACAGCGGGCAGCGCGGGGUGGAGGACUCGGGCGCCUUCUACUGCCUCACUGGGCUGGCGGAGCAGCUGGGGCACUUCCUGGGCCCCGCCGGCUUCGCCGCCGCCACGGCCGCCCCGGCGAUGUUCGGGGUGCUGUGCCUGGCGGUCAUGCGCAGGCGGUGCGGCACCCCGGGGGACCGCGUGGAGCUGAGCCUGUUCCGCACGGGGCGCUGGUGCACAGCCGUGGGCGCGUGCACCAAGUGGGCCAGGCCCCCCCAGGUGGACAGCCGCUUCGGCGCCUGGGCGCCGCUCGGCGCGCAGCCCGCGCCCGCCGUGCCCUUCGACGUGGAGGGCGCCGCGCUGCUGCAGCCGGGCGAGGGGGCGCGGAGGGCGGCGGCGCUGGAGCCGAUGCACCUGCGCUGGCGGGACUGCGACCCCGCCCUGCGGUUCCCGCCGCCGCAGGCGGGGAGCCCGCUGGCGUCGGAGCUGCCCCUCUCCCGGGUCAGCGUCAUCGAGAUCAGCGAUGAGUACCACGUCUCCGCCGCGGCUCUGGGCAGCAUGCUGGCGGAUCUGGGGGCGCAGGUCACGAAGGUGGAGAGGGCGUCGCGCCCGGACCCGUGGAAGAGGACGUGCCCCGCGCUGUACCACGACCUGAACAGCAAGAAGGCCGUGCAGGACCUCGAUUUCACCACGGUCCCGGGGCAGGCCGCCGUGUACCGCACCCUGGCGGACACGACGGCGCUGGUGACCAACCUGCCCGCGCAGGCCCUGGAAGCCUGGGGCCUCGGGGUCGAGCGGCUGCGGGAGAUGUUUCCGCACCUCGUGGUGGUGCAGGUCAGCACCUGGGGGCGCGACGCGCGGGCCCUCGCCAAGGAGGCGGCCGACGCGCGGAAGGGCGGGCAGGAGGUGCACGCCUUCUGGGAGGCGAGCGGCCUGGCGGCCCGCUGCUUCAACAACCUGGGCAUGCCCCCCGGCCUCAGCGAGCUGGCCACCUCCCUGCACGCCCUGGGCGGGGCGUGCCUGGCGCUGCUCCGGCAGCAGCGCACCGGCUCCGGGCAGCUGGUGCACGUGGGCCGGCACCAGGCCGCCCUCUUCUCGCGCGACGUGGCGGAGCUCCAGCCGCCGGCUCCGCUGGCCAGCCCGCUGCUGUCGCUGCAGGACGGCCGCUACAUGCGGCUCCUCGGCAGGGGCCACAGCGCGCACGACGCCUGGGCGCUGCUGCACGCCACCGGGCAGCGGGGCAGCCUCUGGGACCACGUCGGCGGCAGCCACGAGAGGGCGCGCGCGCACCUGGGGGCGCACUCGGAGGAGGACCUCCGGCGGCAGCGGGAGGAGCUGGUGGCAGGCGCGGCCAGGUUUGCAUAUGACGACCUGGCCAAGGCGUUCUUGUCCAAGGGCAUCGACUGGUUCGUGGAGGAGCUGCGCCCGGUCGACGCCGAGGCGCUCCACAAGGCGCGCGCGGCGCAGGCCGAGGACCUGAAGGAGCGGCACCGGGCCGCCGUCGAGAAGGUGCUCCGCGUGGCCGAGGGCAUCGCCGAGCUCGAGGAGAGGAUGCGCGAAGCUGUGGCCAGCCAGCAGCGCCAGCUGCGGGAGGGCGUGCGUCGAACGGAGGAGGGCCUUAGGCUCGAGGCGGAGAAGCGGGAGAAGAUCGCCUUGCACGAGCAGAACAUCAACUUGCUCAGGCAGCAGCACCAGCAGGGCAUACCGCCCAUCGUCACUGUGACGCUGGUCGGGGCCCAGUACCUUCACGCUGUCAACACGGAGCGACCUAACUCCUACUGCGUGUGCGAGGUGCCUGGCAAGCCGUUCACGCAGUUCCGAAGCAGGACCGUCGCCGGCAGUCCCUCCCCAGAGUGGCACGACUGCGCGACGCUGCGCGGCUACCUGAAUGGCGACCGCUUGUCUUUCAGGGUGUUCCACACAGACCCCGAUGCCAGCGCACAAGCUUCCAGGCACGCGAACAUGCUCUGCAUCAGAAUAAAUGGAGCGCACAACUUGAAGAACACGGAGACAGGCUUCAUGAGCGGCGUUUCCGACCCAUACGUGAUCGCUCGGAUUGGCUCGGUCGAAAAAAGAACGCCCACCAUCGAGAAUAACUUGAAUCCCGUGUGGACUCACGACCACGAGUUCGAGUUCGAGCUCGAGGGGACGUCGCCCACGCUGCUUCUGAUGGUGAUGAACGAGAACGUCGGGCAGAUGAUGGAGGGGUACAGGGCCGACGACUGCAUCGGCCGCUGCGAGAUCAACCCGCUCGAACUCCCAAAGAAGCAGUGGACCCACAAAGAAGAGCACCUGGAGGACGGGGACGGUGGCGUGCUGGAGUUCGAGGUCUUCUACAGCCCGCCCGUGCAGGAGCACGACGAGCUGCUCGGGGCCGUCGAGCUGGACCACCCCACGUUCGCCUUCGGGUACAGCGGCACCCUGAGCCUCUACGGGGCCCACGGGGACACCGGCUCCAAGCUCCACGUGGCCGUGGACGUCGCGCCAGCGCAGCCGGGCACGAUGCCGACGCGCGACGCCGGCAUCCCGCCCGCGCCGCAGUCGCAGCCCGGGUCCAGACCCGGCUCGGUCGCCCCCGCUGGCACUCCGCCGCCGCCGCAGCUGCAGCCCGGGUCCAGCCCUGCUGGCUCGCUCGCGCGGGCGGCCCUGUCGCCGGCGCAGUCCCACGGCAGCCCCGCGGGCGCGCCGUCGGACUUCGGCGUCGGCGCGCCGUCGCAGCGCGGGGCGCCGUGGCACCCGGCCGGCGGGGGCCUCCCCGAGCAGGGGCGGCCCCCUGGCACGCUGCAGCGCGUGGACUCGCGGGCAUCCUCGCACUACCCGCACUCCUACCACGCCCCCUCCGUCGCCGCGUCGGACCUCGCUGGGCGGGGGCCGCCGGUGCAGCACGGCGCGACCUGGCACCCGGCCGGCGGGGGCAUCCCCGAGGACGAGCGGCUCAGCGGGUCGCCACAGACGUGGAACCCGGGCCAGGACCCGAUGCUCACGCAGUAUUCCAGGGCAAUGAGCGACGUGGCGACCCAGGACCCGAUGCUCACACGCUACGAUCGAGCAAUGAGCGACGUGGACAGCGUCAUGACCAGCCCGCCCGACCGGCAGCGCCAGAGGUCCGCGCGCCACGGCGCGGCACCCCCACGGGCGCCUGGCGGCGCAGCGAGCUCUCGGCCCCCCAGGCGCCCGGACCGCGCCGCCGCGGAGCCCCCGGGGAGGCAGCUGGAGGCGUCUGGACGGCACGGCAUGAUGCCCCCGGGCCCCCACAGCGCACCGCCGAUAGCCGGGUACCAGGCCCAGUCCAGCACCUGGGGCCCCCCCAGCCCAUCGCGCAGCUACGGCAACAGCCUUCCGCCCCCCGCGCCGAUGCUGUCGCCCGCUGCCGCCACGCACAGCCGCGGCAGCGUCGGCUCACAUGGGACGCUGGCCCCGCUCGCGGCGGCCCCAGGGCCGACCGGCGGCUACGGCGGCCAGACCCCCGCGAGGGGCCGGCACCCGAGCGGCCCCACUCCAGGGGCCUUCUCUGCCUACCCAGCGGCCUCCGACGUGGGCAGCCACGGCCGGGGCUCCCCGCCUGGCUCUGCGCUCCCCGCGGCGGGCCCCGCGCCCAGGCCCUGCUCCAGCCGUGGCUCCGCCCCGCCCGGGGCCGCGCCGCCGGCUGGGCCGUCCUACAGCCGGGGCUCCGAGCACGGCUUCGCGCCCCCCGCGGCGGGGCCCCCCGCGCCCGGGCCGUGCUCCAGCCAGGGCUCGCUGCAGCACUACCCUGGCGCCUACGGCACCCUGUCUGGCACGCAGGGUACGCCCGCGGGCGCGCCGCUGCCUGGGCCUCCGGCGGCGUGUGGGGGGCCGCGGGGGCCCGACGGGUCGCCGAGCCCCGCGCAGGCGGUCGACAUCCGGCCGGGCGACGCCGAGGCGGCGCCCAGCCUUGUGACGGUCUGGAUCCGGGGCGCCCGCAACCUGAGGAAUUUGGACACGGGCAUCAUGGGAGACCUGUCUGACCCCUACGUCGCGGUCUCCGUGGGCAAGAGCCAGGAGCAGAAGACCCCCACGAUCAACAACAACCUCAACCCUGCCUGGAGCAGCGGCAACCAAUUCACCUUCCCCGUGACCCUUGAGGAUCCAGUGCUGCGCUUACGCGUGAUGAAUCACAAUUACACCAAGGACCAGAGCUUGGGCGAGGCCGAGGUCGACCUGCGCGUGAUGCAGUACGGGAGGGUGUGCCAAUUCAGGGAGCCCUUGCGUGAAGGGCAAGGCGCAGAGCUGGAAUUCGAUGUUGAGUUCAGGCCGACAGAGUAUUUUCUCACAGUCCUGGAGUCCACGAGCAAGCUUUACCUCCGAGUGAACGGGGCUCUGGGCCUCAAGAACACAGACACGGGCUUGUACAACCCGGUGACGGGCACCCGCGACCUAUCUGACCCGUACGUGGUUGCCACAGUCGGCAGGCAGCAGCAUAAGACACCCACGAUCGAUGACACCCUGGACCCAGUGUGGGAGAGCUUCAACAGCUUCACGUUCUCGGUCGGGGACGACGAGCACGAGCUGCGGCUGGAGGUGUUCAACGAGAACAACUCGAUGCGCCGCGACGACAGCAUCGGCUUCUUCGUUCUGGACCUCCGCUACAUCCCCCACAACGUGUGGGUGCCGCACCGCGAGAAGUUGCAGGCCGCCCCUGGAGAGCUCGAGUUCGACGUCUACUUCGGGCCAACGGAGUACUACAGCCUCAGCUGCCAGCUCGCCCAGGCGAAGGCUGAGCAGGCCAGGUGCGCUGCCGAGGCCACCAGGCUGAGCAAGGAGGUCCAGAUGGCAGAGUACGCGAACGAGUGGCUGGAGGACAUCGAGGGGAUGACCAAGAUGCCGCUGAGCAUAGUCGAGAAGGAUUGGGAGCACGCCUGCGGUGGCCGCAACCUCGUCAUCCCCGCCUGGAUUGCCGUCACUUCAGCCCAGGUGCAGAGCCUGGAGAGGCGGCGCUCCCAGCACCCGCAGAGGGUGUCGCUCUUCCCGGAGGCCGAGGCCUCGGGCCGGCCUCCGCCCAGGCUGCGGGUGAGGAUCCUGGGCGCCUUCGACCUCAGCGCGGCCUCGGGGGACCAGCCCUCUGCGUACUGCGUCUGCGAG